GAUUUGCUGACGUUCUACUCAAAGAUGGCGGUGAUGAGUACGCCAUGUUUUUUGUGAUGUUCGCGCAUUAGGCAAAUUUUUUGAGAAUUGUAAUUUGUAUGAGCAAAAUGGCUAAUGAUGAUCUGUGGUUAUUAAAGGAAGACGGUUACUUAAAUGUGGACACUGAGUGUAAAAGUAUAAUUUAUCAUGCUAAUCUAAAUGUGUUACUAAUUACCACUGGCAGUGCGCAAGUAUAUGUAUUUGAUGUCAACUCAGGAGUAAUUUUGCAAAAAAGUUCUUUAUCCGGAAAAUUAAAUGGAAGACUUCAAGGUACAUAUUUGUCAAAUGGUGUAGAUAAAAUAUUAUAUACAGAUGGAAGAGGAAUUGGAGUACGUAGUGAUUAUAAUGGUGUACUCUUUUUGGACACUCUUUUACAAACACCUGUUUCAAGAAACGAAGAAAUUGUAAAAUUAGAGUUAUUGUUUUCUGAAGCUACUUUAUUAUAUCAGUGUCUACGAUGUGUAGAGUUACCAGGAAUAGAUCAUGUGCAAGAAGUAAAAGAUGAGUUAAUAAGUAAAACGUUUACAGUAGAAGCAAACCAGAAAAAGGGAAUUAAAGCCCAAAAAUGGAAUACAGUAUGUUUGGAACUACCACACAGUUCUCUGAAACUUGUGUGUUCAGGAUUAGUAACUGAAUUGAAGAGAUUAAGCAGAUAUAUUCCGGCAUUGCCAAUUGCUUCUGCCAUUAAUGAACGAUUAAAUGGCCUAUUACCAGGUCUGCCAUUAGAAGGAGGUCCUGUUGAUAAAGCAUUAAUGUUUAGUGAAGCUACACGUCGAGAUACUUUUUCAAAAUGGCCACACAUGAAUUACAAAUGGGCUUUACCAGAUCAAAUGGCUCAGGCUGGUUUUUAUCAUCAGCCAAAUGCAACAGGUGACGAUAGGAUAAUGUGUUUUACAUGUAAUGUGUGUUUAGUUUGUUGGGAACCAACAGACGAACCUUGGUCAGAACAUGAACGUCAUUCUCCAGCAUGUCCAUUUGUCAAAGGAGAAUAUACACAAAAUGUUCCUUUGUCUGUUAUCCUUGCUACUGCUCCUGCACGUGAGGCUGGUGAUACUGUAGAUGUAAUUAGCACUACAAAUGUCAGUGGCCUUGUAGCUACAGCUUCCAGUGGAGGUUUUAUUAAUGUCUGGAAUGUAAUGAAUCAAUUAAAGAGGGAGGUAUCAUUUUAUGUGGCUCCUAUAGAUCAAGAAAUAAAUAACAAAGACUCUAUUCAGUUUGGUUCCACAAGAAAUUUGACGUCAUAUUUAAGGACACUUAAUUCAGAAGCAGAUUCCCUUUCUGACUUUAAGCAUCCAGGUUCUCAUAAAGUACAAGUCACAGCAUUGUCUGUAGUAGGUUCUCCUGUAUCUCAAAACAGUGAAGCAAAAAUAUCUGGUUCUACGCUUUUACCUGUAGAGACAUCAGACUCUAAAAUCAGGCCAUGUGUAGUGUGUGCUGUUACUGUGACAGUUAGUAAUCCAUCACAAUUAAGGACUUUAGAAAAUGUGUGGGCUACUUCAGCAGAUCUAGCUUCAUCAUCUCUCGUUCGUGCAAUGAACAGUGUAAAUAGUGCUACCAGUGAUACUUUAGAUAUAAUGAAGGUAGCAGGUGAUAAAUACACACCAUCAAGAUUGCACUAUUUAGUAUUUUAUGAUUUUCAUCACAAAAUUGCAACAACACAAUCAAUUAAAGAAGAUAAUACUAAAGAAUCUAAGGCUAAAAAGACAUUAUCUGGAACAGGCACCAGUGCUAGUUCAAACGGUGAACGUCAAGAAAAUUUAUAUCAAGAAUUUUUGGUUGGUAAAUUUUUUUAUGAAGUUCCAGUAAUAGAGGAUGUAGAUUCAGAGGUAGUUGGUCCACAUUUUGAUGGUAUUUUUCCAACAUCUGCUCUUACUGCAUCAUCUUCCAAUGGGAUCUACUCAAAUCCAAUUGGUAUCACAGUACCCCCAACAUCCAGUUCAUUUGAUGCCAAUUUUAAUCCUAUAAAUGGUCCAGAACAUUUUGCAUCAACAUCUGAUCUAACAACUGCGAAUAAGAAAAGUUUGGAUAUUAUGAAAAUAACAAAGACUGAACCAGUUGUUGUAAAGACAUUACGUAUUGAAGCCCCUGAUUUUGUUAAAAUUACACACAUUGAACCAUCUAAAGAUGGAAGACAUUUGUAUGUUGCUAUGUGUCCUACAACAGAUAACACAGAUUCGUUAAUUUCAAAUAAUAAUCAGAUGGAUAUCGAUGAAGAUAGCGAAUUUUUUGCACAGAAAGGUUAUGUGUAUUGGGACCAUAAUGAUACACAGUCUGAUAGACUAAUAAAUGGUAAAAUACCUGACGAUAUAAAUAAUAUAAAUACCAUUUUACUUGUGUAUGCUUUGGAUUUUUCGGGGCAAGUGGUAAAAGUAUUUUCUGAACCAGUAGCAAAACGAGAGUUAUCUGCAGAUGAAGCUCCUGUUGAACAUGUGUUUUUACCUCUUCAAGAGAAAAAUAAAUAUACACCAUCUGAUGAAAAUUUUAGUAGAAAUUCUACUAGUAAUUCAAGUGCAUCAGCACCUAUAGGACAAGUGGCUCUAGUAUGCAGAGAUGGUGUUAUCAGAGUAUUAAAUUUAGAUUCAUUAAAAACUAUUACCGAAGCAAGAAUAGAAGGCAAAAAGUUUGUUUCCGCAACUUAUUGUACUAGCUUAGAGAGAUUGUGUGCAUGUACAAGUGAUGGCGCUCUUCACUUUUUUAUUACUGCAGAUGAAGAAGAUUCCAUGGAAGACAAAGAGGAUAUUGAGGAUAUUAAUAUGAUGACAACUGAAGAAAGUAGUAAUAAAAGUACAAUUCCUAGCACGUCAACGUCAUCUAGUUUUCAAGACCAAUUAAUUUCGCACAAAUUGAAUUUCUCGUAUUCGGAUUUACGUUCCCUUUAUGAAUUGACACGAUUUGACCAUCACUCUCCCGCAUAUGGUGCUACCGUACCUCCUUGUUGGAAUGAAAUGAUGCAAGCUCAACGACAGCGUCGUCAUCCCCAGCAUUUUCAUCAGUCAGAAGAUCAACACCAUACCCGUACAUGGCGUUUACAUAAUGAACGAAAUACUUGGGACGAGCACAUAUUUGAAUUGACUCUCCCUCGAAGUGCUGCAGGACGUAUUGGUCAUGUAGAUGUACGGUACAGUUUGCAUUCAGUUUGUCAAGAAUUGCCAUCAAUUCAAAUUACUUUACUAAAGCAAAAUAUUAAAAGAAUUGGUCAUCAUGAGCCUUUAUUAACUCCUGUGGAUGAAAGAAUAGAUUUUAACAUAGGUAAUGAGCAGAAGGGAGAAAAUCCUGUGGUCACAGAGGAGUUUCAGCGGCAACAUAAUACGGAGAUUUUAUGUGGACCGAUUGAUUUACAUCGUAGUUUGGACUUAUCUUGGCGUUCUGGUUGUGUCACACUGACUAGCCCAAAAUUGUUUCGUUCCAAAGCCAGAACGCUUCUUGUUCAUAUCAAGGCUCUAAUCGAUCCUACGAAAGAUAAUGCAACGCCAAAGUCGAAAACAAACUCAUCAGACAACAAACCUCCUACAUCUAAAAAGUUGAGGAUAGUCGAAGUGCGUCGAUUUGUAGAAGGUACAAGUAAUAAGAAAUUAGACGUUUACAUCGGUUGUGAUUGUAUUUAUGAAAUAUCAAUUACUGUUCGAACAGUACAUCCUACUAAUAUACCAAAUGAAAGGGCGCAACGAUGCGCUAUGCUAGAAUCUAAAAGUUGCUUUGAAAAUUUAUUAAGUGUUGCUUGUUUGGAGACGCUUGAUAAAUCGCCUAUUGCACAAUCACUGGCAUUAGAUGUUCUUGUAUGGAUAGCCUCUAUCAGAUUGACCAGGCUUCGUAACAAUCAAAACAAUAUCGAAAUAAAAAGUUUCCAGUUGGAAACAAUUCGUUCAGUACAAGCACGGCUAUCUAAUUUAUUAAGAACUUGCCUUCUGCAUGCUGGUCGAAGUAUAGCGCACAAGUGUAUAAAAUUAAUUAUGCUUUGUAAUAUUGGUUUUUAUAAUUUGAAUGAUCCUCCAUCUCAAUCUUUCGACGAAGCUUUGGUGUCUGUUUUAGUAAUGUUGUUACCAUCAAUAGUAGAAGUUGAAUGGGCUGGUUCGCUACGUUGGUUACAAUUAUUAAUUAAUAGAACUUUAAUACGAGAUAGAAAUCACAGUAUUGCUCAACAAUGUGUUUCUUUAAUACAACAAAUAGCUGCUGAAAUAUCGAAUCGUGUAAAUCCAUAUCAUUUAUUACUCGCGACAAGAUUUGGUUUGUAUAAUUCUCCAUUUGAGACCGAAUUGUUCGACUUGGAAUCGCCGAUGCCUCCCAAAUAUAGUCCUAUACCUCCCACAUAUGUGUCAGCUGUAGCUAAUGAACAGACGGGACCGUCAGCUGCUUCAUCAAGUUCCAUGUAUUCUCAGGAUGCUAUUGAUUUGAGGGACCUACUUACACUGCCUACACAUCCAACUAGUGAACUUGUGGUAUCUAGCAAGUUGAAGGCUUUAUGUGCUAAUCAUAAUAUGAAAGGACUUUUAGAGGUUGAGCCUCUUCACUUCACUUGCCUUGCUGCUUCUGAUGGUACCAAGAUGGAGAAAAUUGACCCAUGCAUGAAUACAAGUAAUAUUGGAGCACCUCUUUAUGAUAGCACAGCUACAAAUAACAAUGGUGUACCUGACAUCAAAACCAUUCAUCACACUUACAACUUGGAUGCUGGAUCGCUAGGAGCAGAUGUUCAGGCUAAGCCAACACCUAUGUUAAGCGAUCUACUUAGUCUAUGUACAGGAAGAAUGUUAAAGAACCCAGCUCCACAACUGAUAUUCACACCUGAUGAUCAAUCAGACUGUGAUGAAGCUAAUGAUAUGCCUAUCAACAAUCAGACAUGGCAUAAUACACAAAAUGAUAUGCCUACUUCACGUAUAUUAAGUUCUACUGUAACGAAAGAAAAAUCGUCUGUACAAAAUAUCAAUACUACUAUAAACAAAGUUGAAGACAGCAAUUCUAAAAAGCGAAAAGAUGUUACAUUCCCAUGGGGAAGAUUAUUGUGUUGGCCACCACAACAGGCAUUGGUGGUCGAUCGAAUGCAUUCUGGUGCUCGCCGAUUUGUUAUCCUCGAUUUUGGAUCACCUGUAUUACUUACGGAUUUGAUUAUUCCUUGCUGCAGUGAUUUAGCAUCACUGUCUAUAGAUAUAUGGACAAAAAAGGAAGAAGUUGAUGGUACACGACUCAUUGUUGCUGGUGAUAUUGGAAAUAGGUCAUUGGUUGUAUGUGAUCUUCAACCACCACCUGUUUGUAGAUAUCUAAAGAUUAUAAUCAUAGGUCGGUAUGGAAUGUCUCCUACAAUGUGUAAAAUUCCAUUAGGAAUUUUCUAUGGACACAUGAUGGUCUUACCUGGAGAAGAUUAUGCGGAAUUAAAUAGUAGUUCAGUAGCUUGCGACAACACCUUUGAUUCUAAUGUGCAAGCUACUAUCAAUACGCAGUGCAAUAUAUUGUCAGCUCUCGCAGAAGAUGUGCAGUGCAGAUUUAGUCUAGCUACUGAAAAACUAAAAAGCCUAUUGGAUCCACUGUUGUGUUCAGAAACUACUAAUGUUAUGCAUAUGCAACACUAUCUUUCUUUUAGUAAAGUACCUAAUGAAAAUAAAGAACAGCCAUCUGCAAAAAUAUUGGCUACUUAUCAAGAAUGCGUAAUGUUUCAACAUCAACUAAAUGUUGUCCGAGGUGUAUGGAGACGACUGGAAUCGUGGAAAGGUUCUCGAACCAUACCUACAAUGUCUUUAGCAAAUGCACCUACCGACAAAUUACGAGCUCUUGGAGAAACUUUACUCGAUAUUCUCCUGUUUGCAGUAUAUGAAAUUGGUCCAAUACCUAGCAUACCGUUAUCAAUAUGCGAUGUUUUUACACCAACCGUUUGUGAAAAGUUUUUUCAUUCGAUUUGUGUUGUUACACCAGCUCCGCGUUUACAACUGCAAGCUGUUGCACUUUUAACGCGUAUGGCUGGUCAUCAACCUUGGUGGGGGAAUUUUUUGUCUAAUGUUUUAGUUAAUCUCUAUUCGUCGUCGUCUACGCACAUAUUUCCACAAGACAGAGUAUUUAUUUUGCUAACACUUCUCGGACGUAAAUCAUUGAUUGCUGGUGUCAAUAGAUCUUCUGUAAUAGAUGCUAUGGUUCGCACGCUAGGCAAAUUAUUGGUACCAUUGUCAAAUCCUCAAACAUCAGAUACAAAUCACUUGGACAUAACACUUAUUGGCUGGGUACUGCUUUUCCUGUCAGUAUGCUUGGAUACUAUAGCGAUACCACCUACUUGCUUGGAAGAGAAUAAUGAAAAAACUAAAGAACAAGGUUUAUCAUCUCGCUGGGAAUUUAUUCAAGGAGAAUCUGCAAUGCAGAGGAAAUACGGUAAUGCCAAUCGUUCUCUAACUUUUAGUUAUCGUAAAAAAUUACAGAAACAUAUAAUGCAUCACAAGCAACAACUUCAAGAGUUAGAGCAAGCAAAAAAGGUGUUCCAUACGUCAUCGCAGGGGUGGACUAAUCUUUCACAUACUGCUUCAUUGUGUAGUAAAAUGAAAGUAGCAUUAAAAUCGCAGGAGCAGUUUUUUAAGAAAACAUUAAGACAAAAUUCUGCCAAGCAUUUCAAAGAUAUUCUUAGUAUUCGCAAAAGUGAUACACAACACACUUCCCGUAGUUUACAAUCACAAGCAAACGCAAGUUCUAGUAAAUCGGAAACAACGGACGCGGAUGUUGAAUAUAUAUCCAACUUAUCACAUCAACAUGUUUUGCCUGUUGCACGUGGACUCAUUGCUCUUAUUUUAUAUAAUUCUGCUAAUGUGGAUAUGUUCCUAUUAGCUUGCAAGGUAGUCGCUAGGCUAGUGAUAUCUACACGUCCUGCAAUUAGCUUGUGUGAGCUUAUGAGCGAAGAGCAGCUCCUAAAAUUAGUCAGAUUGGCAACGGGUACUUCUGACGCGGCCUGGUCUUCGCAUGCAGUUUCGUGCCUUUUACAGGAUUUAUUAGAAGGUGGAAAAUUAAUUCCAAAAACGUGUUCUACUCAUGAAGGAAGUCCUUCCGAGGAAAACUUCGAAUCUCUUGUUACGGAAAAGAGUCGAACACCAGAAGAAGAAUAUGUUAGUGCUGCUGAAACAAGUAAUACUACUGUUCCACUUGGUAAUGAUGAAGGAUUUGCGGAAGGUGAAGGAGAAGAAGAUGCUCAAGAUGGUAUAAUGGUGAUGUCUGCAGCUGCAUCAACAUCAAAGUCCAAUGGAUUUUUGCCUUCCCUUUUAGAGUCUGAUGACAGUGAAUUUGAAGAUUUCUUAGAUGAUAUUUUGGAACGUGGUAGAAAUACGUUGAAGAAAGGUCAUCCAUUACCUAAGAAUGUAGACAUAUCUGGGAUUUCCUUGGCAAUGGAUGCAAGAUUGGAAUAUGGGGUGGAAAUGGGAAUAGAGUUAUCACUAAGGAUAUUGUCUAUGUUCAGCAUGUAUAAUUUACCUUAUAGUAUAAGUACCACAAUACAUGUUCCACCAGAGUCAAGUCGAUAUCCUCAACAAUCAACAUCCAAAGCAGAACCUAACUGGAAUGAGAGAAGUCAAGACAUUUGGAACUCGCCUGACACAACUUUUUCGAGUUUAAUAAUGUUAACGAGAUGUUUUGACAAAAUAUUCGCGGAAUUAUAUUUACAGAGCGUGGAAACAAAUCUGGAACUUAUCCUUCAACUUUGGCUAACAUUGAAUUUAGAUGCUUCUACAGAACAAUCAAAUUCCCCAAAUCAGUUUGACCCUUCACUUACACCUGUUAUACCUUUAAGUUCAACAGCUAUUUCAAAUCUUAUAUCUGCAUUAUCUUGGCAUCCAGGAGUUUCUUUACGAGCUUGGUGUCUUGCUCUCCAAUGUUUGACUCUGGCAAAUAAUCAACCGUUACAGACAAAUCCUGCAGAAGCUGCAAAUAGUAGACAGCCACUAGAGGGUCUUCUCGGUGGUAUGGCCGGAUGUAUUGUAAAAGAACGUAACAUGGGUCCUAUGCUUUUACGUUUACUUUCUGGAAGCGGAUUAAAUGUUAACGCUAUGGACAAACAAUAUAUUAUGGCUGGACCUACUGUUUGCCAAGCACUACAAUAUUUUUUAGUUAGAUUAAAAAUGAGAUGCGACGUGAUUACGCCUGGCAGUACUUUAGGGAAUGCAUUAAAGGAACUCUUACUAUGGGUAGUAUAUCAACUUGUACAACCUGGUGGAGCUCUGUCUACAAGAAGAGGACCUUUAGACGCACAGUACAAACUUAUAACAUCAUUAACAAAUCUAAAUUUUACCAACACAGAUUUAGGAACUGCAAUGAGUAUAACAGAAUGCGUUGGAGUACUAGUUUCUACUUAUGUUAGGGGUUCUGAAGUUGGAGCUCAAUGUGGUGGCACUGGUGAUUUAGCAAAUUCAUCUGGAGGAUUUGGAAGCUUAUUUGCUUGUGUAUUUGGUGGAGACACUAGACAAGAUCAUCCUACAUCAUGGGAUACUUUAGUCGUAGCUCUUAUUAAAUUAGUAUACCGACUUAUUCAAACACCUUUACCAGAGCCCUGCCCAGGUCGAUCUGACGGCCCAAUAAGAAUCGAUCUAUCUGAAACAAAUUUCGAUGCAAAUAUUGAUAUCAAUGAUACUCAAAUGAAAGUAAAUAUUUCACAAACGGAUGAAAGUAAAGUUGCAGAACAACAAUCUUCAUCUCGCUUACAACAAUGUACAUCUAAUAAACCUCGUGUACGAUGUGUUGCAGAUACUGUUUUGCAACAUGAACCUACCAUGAUGCGUUUGCUAGGAGCUCUAGGCCAUAGUACCGGUUCAUCUCUAGCUAUGCUUUUAGGCGAAAGUGCUGGUGCAGGAACAGCAACUGAACUUGGUGAUCCUGCUUCGAUACCAGACGCUACAUUUCAACUUUUGACUACUCUUACUAAAAAAGCAAGCAAUCGAUCUUUAGUUCUCAAUCCACUUUAUCAAUACCUUUCCUCUUCAUGUGAACAAAGAGAACUAAAUCGACAGUUGGGUGUUAUGCAAUUGUCAGAGCCUCUUCUUUGGUAUAUCUUAAGGGUUUUGGACAAUGAAGUAUCAUUAGCAAUGUUUACAGCAAUGGGUGGAGUAAAAGUACUUUGUGAAAAUUUAGUAAAAUCAAGUAACAGUGGCAACACUAACUCUGCUUCGCCUGAUGUGAUUGCAUUAGUAAUGGAACAUCUUUCGAAUGUUCCUAAUGUGUUACCAGUAGCGUCUUCAAGUAGCAAAAAGUCCAUGAAUACGUUAGAGACUUAUGAAGAUGGAUUAUUAAACUUUGCUCCUUUGGGUAUUAUAUCUUGGUUUAAUCCUGCUGCACAACCAGCAGAUGUUCUCAUACAAAAUUCUACGCCACAUAAGCGAGCCAGAACAGCUGCAUGGUUAUAUCACUGUUUCCCUGAUGAGGCAUGGGUUGAUCUUGCGAUCACUUUACCUUGUGCUAUAUUAUUGAGAAAAGUGGAACUUCAACCGCAUCUUACGUCUUUAGCUACGUGUCCGUCGGCUGUGGCUAUCGAAGUUUCGAGAGAAAGUAACAGUCCUCUAACACCUGUUUGUCCACCGAUGCCUACGGCAGGCUUGACAUUUAUUCGUAUCACUUUAUCUCAGCCAGAAGUAGCAACAUCUGUACUCGUACGACUAUACAAGCCGCGCGACUCAAGAAAUAUAAGUUUAAGUCAGAUUAGAUUAUUAGGUACCACAGCAUUCGGUGAAAUAAAAACGAAUCACGAUACAAUAGACGAAGAACAACUUACCAAGACAAGCUUGGGUUGGUUGCGAUUGCUGCAUCAAUGUCUAUCCGUAAGCACGUUGAACAGCAAUCUCGCUGUUAAAGUGCUUAAUUCUGCGGCUUCAGUUGAAGGACUGGUUGAGGCAUGUUGUAAUCUUCUGUUACUCCCAGCACCAUCUCUUUUUACUCCCAAUCUGGAGAGGGUUCUUUUGCAACUAGGCUUACAUUCUCGAGAGCUUGGACUUCGACUCAUUGGUCUUUUACUCAACAACAGGUCUACUUCUUUCUUUCAAGGUGCCACAACUACACAAGAAACAUCAACUGUCCAAUUGGUUGUAGAAUUAUUGCAGCAACUAUGUUCCAUUCAAGAUUCUUGCACGGAAGCUCGUAUGACAGCGGUGUUAUCGUGGCUCCAUGCAUCAGCAGUAAAUGGAAUUUCUCGGCCCAGUAAUGGUCCUAAUGCUAUUAAUCCGCCUGCUGUAUAUAUUCAUUGUGUGUCUUCUAUUAUAUGGGAAGCACAUCAACAGCAAAAUCUUAAUUAUGAUCUACAGGCUUUACUAACCGAUGAACUUUUUAAUGCCUUGUAUCAAUGGACUUUGGUUUUGGGAACGAGUUCUGCCUUAAAACAGGCGAUUGAUUCUGCUCUUUGCGCGUUUUGCUACGUGAGACCCUCAUUAUUCCCUUUGCUUCUUCAAAGAGUACGAAUUUUGGUACCUAAUAUGGCAACAGAUCAUUCUGCAUCUAUAUCGGAUGACCGUAAGGAAAGAGAGAGUCAAACAGAUGAUAGGAAGAGCGAAUUUAAUGGCGAAGAAUGGUACUAUCGUUAUGUGUUAUCAGAAUAUAAACGAUUAAAUUUAACAGAAGGACAGUUGCUUACUGUAGCUGCAGCCGCUCGGUCUCCACCAGGUAUUCAACAAUUGAUUGAUUCUGGACUUCCUGCUUCGUUGACAAUGUUAAUUAUCGAUUUUUGUAAUCUGGAAAGUUCACGACAAGAGCAACCGCAAGGUAGACGAAUAUCAACGAAGGGUAGCUGUCAAAGUAACUUAGGAAGUUUAACUGAUAAUGAUAAAGCUGGUGAAAGUUCCAUGGAUACAAAUAAUUAUGUUGGUGAGUUGUGUAUGACAGAACCGGAAAGUAUAGCAAUGGUGUUAGAAUUUCUGACCCUUGUGUGCUCGGAAGGUAGAAUGCGUGAUUGGCUUGGUAAAGAAGGACGUGGAUUUUGGUUACCCCUUCUUUCACUUCUCAGUAAUCGACCCGUAGAAAAUCCAUCUUUAUCUUCUUUGAGAUGUUCUAAAACAACUAUAUCAUAUGCAUCAUUAGAAAGUGCAAUGAUUAAAUUUUUAUCUAGGUGUUGUUGGUGUCAUCUUGAAAAUCAAAAGUUAUUAGCCGAGUUAUUAACCGAUGUUAUUUCUCAACAACGAACAACUUCCAACGUGCGCUAUCUUCAUGGAAUUUCGGGUUUCACGAGACGACUGAUUUUGCAAUUAUUAUUGGAAGGUGAAAAGGUAUUAGUGUCUGUAACUUCCGAUGCACCGAUGAAAGUUUCAAAUACAACAGUCAAUUAUAGCAUGCUGGCUAUGCCACCGCAUCCAGCUCAUCCGCUCGGUCAUUAUCAUCAAUUACUGUACAUGUCUACUCAAUCAACCGUUGCGGAUAUAUUACAACAAGUCUCUGGUACAUGGCUUUUUUUAUUGUUGCCAAAUACAUAUAAGGGUAAUGAAACUGGAACUAAUAAUAAUCGAUCUAGAGAGCUUUGGGAAUCUGGUAUGGCCUUCAUAGUAGAUACUCUUAGCGUAGCUGCGGGAAAUACAGCGAAAGACAAGAGGGCUAAGGAGGCAUCUAACAGAUCACAAGCUCGUGGUCCUGUCAUAAGAAAGUCGCGAAUAAAUUCUGACGGAGCGGCUAGUACGAGCAAAACAUCGACUAAUAAUGUUCAGCAGAAUUCUACUAAUUCUACUAAUCAACAAUAUUUGAUACAUUCAUCACGUCCAAAUACUCCUUUACCACCGCAGUUGACCAUUGCUCAGCUUUUGGCUAUUGCCGAAGAUAGUGGAAUAUCUUUAUCAGAACCUUGUUUGCAUCUUAUAUUACGUCAACGUAAUAAAGAUUCAAAAGAUGACAUAACGAAACAAAACGACAGCGAGUUAUUAAAUUAUAGAAGCAUAGAAAGUUCAUUAGGAGUGUUCAGCGCAGGUGGUGGUUUAGCGGUGUUGGCUCGACAUUUACCGCUUGUGUAUCCAGAUUCUAGACCACCACCCGUCCCGUUACCCUCGCCAGAACAAACAUACGAGGAGUGGGUCAAAUUAGGAAUCAGCGACGAUGCUUGUGAAGUCGUGGAAGAAAGUGGAAAUAACUCUUCUCAAUGGGCAUCAUCACCAGCUGCUUACGUGCCACCACAUUCCCUUGCUGCUUUUGGUUUGUUCCUCAGACUUCCAGGUUAUGCGGAAGUACUAUUAAGAGACCGAAAACGAGCACAGUGUUUGUUACGUCUUGCAUUAGGCGUUUCGGACGAUGGCGAAGGUGGAGACGUUUUAACGUCACCGUUGGCUGCGUUGUUACCAACCUUGCCAUUCCAAGUGUUAAAGCAAUUACUUGAUGCUACACCUGCGACCACAGACGAUGGUCUUCUUUUACGUAAAACAACCAUCGAAGUGGGUGCUAUGCUUCUGUUGUUGAAUUGUUUAGCUGUAUUUACCCACCAAACGAACCAGAACGAAAAUUCGGAGCAGAAAGUAGCUGGCAACCAGGGCGAAGCAGGACGUAGCGACGAUAAUUCGCAUUUGUACUGGGCGAAAGGUACAGGAUUUGGUACCGGAUCCACGCAACAGUCGUGGAAUGUCGAACAAGCUCUGAUGCGACAGAAAUCCGAAGAAGAGCACGUUACAGUAUUACUGCAAGUUUUAGCAAGUUACAUUGGCUCCGGUGGACAAACACAAAGAGAACUGCCAGCAUCUUUUCCCGAUCUACUAGCCCGAUCCUGUUUACUUCCAGCCUUGUCUUCGUAUUUGAGAAACGAUUCGGUGUUAGACAUGGCGAGGCACAUUCCUUUGUAUCGAGCAGUAUUGCAACUGCUCAGAGCUAUGGCUCUAUCGAAUCAAUUAGUUCCGCUUUUAUUACCUAGAGGCGGAAAGUCUGGUGAACCAUCCGUUGUAUCACUUUUAUCCGGUAUGAGGGUUUGCGUAGAUACGUACGUUCACAAGAUUAAUCGCACUAGGAGUAAUAAGUCGAAGACGCUGUUCAAGUAUCCUGACGAUACUGAGCAAGACGAAGGUCUAGCAACAUUAAUCCCUGAUAUUCAAGAGAGUGCUACUAUAGUGCAAAAUGCUACCUCUAGAUUGUCAGGAAUCGAAGAAGAACUACCUGGUCCAAGUCCCAUGGCUCCAGAAUUACCUCUGCUUUCUAUCGAACAACGAUACAUAGAAGUUAUGAAAAAUUUACAAUUUGAUACAUAUGAGAUGAUUACUGAAAAUCCAGAAGCUGGUGGAUAUAAGUUUGCUGUUUCAUAUCAUUUUGAAUCCACCAUGAGGGCAGCUGGCGAAAGAAGUCACCCCAUGAGGGUCAAGAGAUUAGCUCAAGAAGCUGUCACACUUUCUACGGCGCUACCUUUGUCGUACAGUAGUAGCGUUUUCGUUAGGUGCGACACAGAUAGAUUAGACGUAAUGAAGGUACUCAUAACAGGGCCAGAGGAAACACCAUAUGCCAACGGGUGUUUCGAGUUUGACGUGUACUUUCCUCCGGAUUAUCCUAACAGUCCGAUGUUAAUAAACCUAGAAACUACAGGUCGCCAUACCGUACGAUUUAACCCAAAUUUGUACAACGAUGGAAAAGUCUGCUUGAGUGUAUUGAAUACUUGGCACGGUCGUCCCGAAGAAAAAUGGAAUGCGCAUACUAGUAGUUUCCUGCAGGUCUUAGUAUCAAUACAAUCGCUGAUUUUGGUAUCAGAACCUUAUUUCAACGAACCAGGAUACGAACGAUCACGAGGUACGGCGAGUGGGGCACAAUCUAGUCUGGAGUACAAUGUGAACAUUUGUCAGGCUACUGCUAAGUGGGCGAUGCUUGAUCAAAUACGUAAUCCAUGUCCUUGUUUCAAAGAGGUUAUACACACUCACUUUUGGAUAAAAAGACACGAAAUUGUUGCACAAUUAGAAGGAUGGAUAAGGGAUAUGGAAUUAUACGGAUCAGAUCGCAGAAUCGGUCGCACUCUUUCUCUGAACGCAUUAGCUUUAAGGAGACAUUAUAGUUUAUUGAGAGAAGAACUGAGUAAACUGCCAACUCCUGAAGGUUUAGAGGAUUUGGUGGAACCACUCGCGUCACCGGACUUGCCGAUCGAACUUAACAGCACUCCUGGCACCCCGUGUUUGGAUACGUCAUCAGCGACAAUGCUACCUCCAACCAGCACGCCAAUUAAUAACUCUGUCGAUACUAUUAGCAAUGCCAGUGCUAGUAAUCACGUACACCACGACAUCGAUACGGACGUUGAGAUGGAGAAGAUGGUUUCAAAAGUGUGUGAAUAGCUAAAGGAUGUUAAUAGACAUUGUUGGACAUUUUAAAAAGUCUAUAUUGUUUGUGUUAUGACGGACAAAUAACGGACUGACCGAAGAUGAAAGGAAAUCCUAAUACAUGGGCAAAUUUCAGUUUAUUGACGGAUGAUUAGGUGAAUGGAAGAUUAUUGUAUCUUUUCGUUGAACACAUGACGAUAUCGAUAAAAUGAAAAUCCGAGAAACGAAGGGAAUAAAUGUAUGCGUGCGUGUAUGAGAUACAUAUUGAUGAGAGAUACGGUAAAAAAAGUAAAAUUGCGCGAGAGACAACGAGACGAAAGAACUGGUAAAAUAGAAUGGAUACGAAGAAUGAGUGUGGAGGAAUGAAAGGAGUGAAUGGGUAGGCUGAAUCGAUAAGAAAGGAAAAGGAAUAUCUAGUGAUUAUAAAAUCUAGUAUGAAUGUGACAAACUCGUAUGUAGUAGGUACUCUCUGUGGCAACUGCUAUGCUAUAUGUACGCUGCAUUCUACUACUUCGUAUUAUCAUAAGUAACAACUGUUAUUCGAUAUUUAUUAUACGUGUUCCUCGUUUACGUAGCCGGUAAUUCCCCCUCCCCCUCCCCCCAAUAGCAAUGCGACCGACUUUAAACGACAUGUGUUCCAGCAAAACGAGACGAUGUUGAUAAUGAACGCAAAACAAUACGAAACAACGAUACGAACUUUAUUUAGCGAAAAACAGCAUAACAGUCACUCGUAAAUAUGAGUGGAGUAUAAUGUACCUAUACGACGUAAUUUUGUGCGAAUCGCUAUUUCGUUAUAACAUUUCGUUUCGUUCCUCGUUGCUACCCAUUGUAUUUUUUCCUUGCAAAAUCGUCUCAACCGUUUAGCUGAGCGUCGCAUUGCCCUCGAUUUACGAGUAGAAAACAAUGCGGAAAAUUGCUCUAUAACGCAUGAUGCAGUUAGCACUUGAUACGUGUGCGCAGUGUGAUUUAAUAUUUAUCGUGCCUGUAUUGAUUACGGUCCGUAUUGUAUUUUUUACGGGAAAUAAUAGUAUGACGUGUUCGGCUUAAAAACGAUUGCAUAUUUUUCAACACCGAAUUCCUUUCGACGACUUCAUCGAAAAAACAAGAAGACCAGGUUUAUAUCGAACAGCCUUCAUUUUAAAAAGAAUUGAGAUCUGCAUAUCGAGCGACGAUACAUUUUUUUUCUCUUUCAAGCAUUCUUUUAUCUUUUCCUUUGUAUUGUCCUUUUCCAUUUCCUUUUUCUAUUUUCGAAGAUUUCAAUGUAUCAAACCGAUCGAGAGCGAAAAGAACGGAAGAAAAGAUGGUAUUAAAUCCGGUAAUUCUCCAUAAAAUAAAGAGGGCAAACUACGGAUAUUCGGAUAACUUGAAAUAUCGUUGCAUUUGAUAUAAUUAACAAAAAAAAAAAAAAUAAAAAAAAAUAAAAAAAAGAAGAAAAAAAAAAGAAACCGACGAUUGUAACUGGCAUUAUCGAAGACGCAGUAAUCCCCCAAGUAGUCGCGAUUCAAAACGCGAUCUCACUUGGAUUCCUGCUCGUAUAGUAUUGUCCCAUUUCUCUUAUCAGCGAAUAAUUACGGUUAGUUGUAAAAUUACUGGUCGAAUUACACCGCCAGUACCGAUGAUCGUUCUAUCUGUAAAUAAUCGUCACACGAAUAAUCGCAUUAUAAGUAAAUGUUUGUAAUUCCUAAGUAACUGGAUAAAAUGCUCCAUUGUAACGUAUACUAUUGCAUGGAUUCCUAAGCAAUGAACGAAGCGAAACAAAACACGUCAGAUGAUGAUGUACGCGACAGGACAACGUGUUAAUAGUUAUUUAUAAUAAACGAUUAUUAUCACGCUA